AAGUUUGGAAUUAAAUAAAGAUAGAGAUGUGGAAAGAAUACAUGGGAGUGGUAUCAACACCCUUGAUAUUGAGCCUGUUGAGGGAAGAUACAUGUUAUCCGGUGGCUCAGAUGGUGUUAUUGUACUUUAUGACCUUGAAAACUUGAGCAGAAAUCCAAGUUAUACAUGUAAAGCACUUUGUUCUGUGGGAAGGAGCCAUCCUGAUGUACAUAGAUUCAGUGUGGAGACAGUCCAGUGGUAUCCUCAUGACACUGGCAUGUUUACAUCCAGCUCAUUUGAUAAAACCUUGAAAAUAUGGGAUACAAAUACUUUACAACCUGCAGAUGUAUUUCACUUUGAGGGAACAGUCUAUAGCCAUCACAUGUCUCCAGUUGCUACAAAGCAUUGUUUAGUAGCAGUUGGUACCAAAAGCCCCAAAGUACAGCUCUGUGACUUGAAGUCUGGAUCCUGUUCUCACAUUCUACAGGGUCACAGGCAAGAAGUACUGGCAGUGUCUUGGUCCCCACGUCAUGAAUAUAUUUUGGCAACAGCAAGUGCUGACAGUAGAGUAAAAUUAUGGGAUGUGAGGAGAGCAUCUGGAUGUCUGACUACACUUGAUCAGCACAAUGGAGAAAAGUCCAAAGCAUCUUCUGAGGCAGCAAACACUGCUCACAAUGGGAGAGUUAAUGGUUUAUGCUAUACAAAUGACGGACUUUAUCUGUUGACCAUUGGUACCGAUGAUCGGAUGCGACUCUGGAACAGCUCCACUGGAGAAAACACGUUAGUGAAUUAUGGGAAAGUCUGUAACAAAAGUAGAAAAGGACUCAAAUUCACCAUCUCUUGUGGCUGCAAUCCAGAGUUUGCCUUUGUACCAUAUGGUAGUACCAUUGCUGUUUAUACAAUUUUCACAGGACAACUGAUAACUAUGCUUAGAGGGCAUUAUAGUACUGUCGACUGCUGUGUAUUUCAACCUAAUUUUCAGGAACUUUAUAGUGGUAGCAAAGAUUGCAAUAUCCUUGCAUGGAUACCAGCUCUUCGAGAGCCAGUUCCUGAUGACAUUUCUGAAAAGUCUCUACCUCAACAGCAUCUAAACCCAGCAUAUGAAGAUGCAUGGAGCAGCAGUGAUGAUGAAGGCUGAAUUUCAGUUAUGUGCUGAUAUAAAAUUGACAUCGAGACACUGCGUUCAUGGACUUUAUGUAUGGAAUUUGAUGUUGUUGGAUUUAUUAUCACUGGAUUUUUGGAACAGUUCUGCUAAGCAAGGUUUUUCAGAAAUAAGUUUCCGCAGUUCUCUGUGUUCUUUCUUCACUAUUACAGUUAAAUCUAAAGGAUUACUUUUUCAUGCUUACUGACUUUUAUACUUUACACUGAGGCAUUGGUAUACUUUAUUCAGUGUUGAACAGCUGAAAAAGGAAAAAUAAAAGCCGUUGGGACCAGUUAAUAUU